AUGCCGCUUAAGAGUGUGUCGCUACCAGGGGGUUUAGUGAAGCGUAAUCAUCUCCACCACCGUUACCAGGCGCAGUUUACCGGACUCCUGACCUACAUUCUGCUCUCUUUCUCCUGUCCAGAUUCUCAAUUGGUCGCUGCUAAACAUCAAAAUCAUUGCCUGACUGUCUAUAAUCUGGUUGCCCAAAGGCCUUCAAUUCCCGUCCUCAAUUACGCCAUAUUCGAAGAAUUAGAGCAGAUGAUGUUAAUGCCCAUGUCAGUGCCUGGAAAUCUUCCUCUCUUUAGACAGUAA